AUGAGCUUCCAGCAACUAGAGGACUGGGUGGCAGCGGAGUGCGGGGAGGAGCACAGGAGGCGAGCAAAGGUCCUCUGGAAGUGGCUGUAUCGAGACGCCCACUGGGCUGAGAGCGUCGAUGACAUGGCAGGGGUCAGUCGUUCGUUUCUCUCCCUCCUCGCCUCUUCGGGUGCUCGCUUCUCCUCCCUUCGCCUCCACUCCGUUCGAACAGCCGCCGACGGUACAAAGAAGGUGCUGUUUGAGUUAAGCCGCGAUGCUGACUUGUCUCCUUCUGACCGCCCCAGGAGACUAGGCGUAGUGGAAACAGUGCUCAUUCCCCACAGACCGGGGAAGGGGGGGGAAGGUGCGGAGGAGGAGGAAGAAGAGGAGGAGAGUGGUAGUGAGGAUGAGGUAGAGGGGGUUGGUAUGAACAGGACAUGUGGCAAUAGGGCUGGCGGGAGCAGCACCCGCAGCAGUGGGAGCAGCAGGAGAAGGAGUAAAGGGGGGCGGAACACUGUGUGCGUGUCGACUCAGCUGGGCUGUGCCAUGGGCUGCCAGUUCUGCUUCACAGCCAAGAUGGGCCUGCAGCGCAACCUGACAGCAGGGGAGAUCGUGGAUCAGGUGGUUCAGAUUCGCCGGCUCUUCACAGAGGAAAUCGGCCCCGUUACCAACCUUGUCUUCAUGGGCAUGGGCGAGCCCCUACACAAUCUCCCGGCGGUUCUCACAGCAUGCAACACCCUCCUGGACCCCUUAGGCGCCCACUGCUCACCUGCUCGCACCACCGUGUCCACGUGUGGGCUCGUGCCUGAAAUGCACGAGUUCUGCUCUCACUCGGACGCCAGCCUCGCCCUCAGCCUGCACGCCACCACCGACGAGGUGCGCAGCAGCAUCAUGCCCAUAAACAAAAAGCACAACCUCAGCGCCCUCUUUGCCUGCCUGAUACAGCUCUUCCCUGACCCAACAGCCCGGCCAGCACCGGAUGCGGGGGAGGGAGGUGAUGGGAGGGAUGGUGCGGGGUUGCAGCAGCAGUCCAAAAAACGCCAUGUGUUCAUCGAAUACCUGAUGCUGGAUGGGGUCAACGACAGUUUGGAGGAUGCACGUCGGCUGGUAACCCUAACAGCUGGCAUCGCAUGCAAGAUCAACCUGAUAGUCUUCAACCCACACCCGGGAACCGCACUCCAACCAUCCCCACUCCCCCGCGUGCUGGCCUUCCAGCAUGAACUCGUGCAAGGCGGCAGAAAGGCGUAUCUGAGGCACAGCCGGGGGGAUGAUGAGAUGGCAGCGUGCGGGCAGCUGGGGCAGGUGCCUAGAUUAACAGGGCAGAACAAGGCAGAGGCAGCAGCUGUAGUGUAG